AUGGAACAAGAGCGCAAAGUAAAGGAGACACUGGAAGAGCCGGAAAUGUCGUUGAACAUUUUUUUCGAAGAUGAACCAAAGGAGGAGCAAUUGGAAAUGCUUUUGGGAGGUCAGUUACAAGAGGAUUUGCAAGCGCUAGAGCCCCGGGAUGUUGUGAUCCUUCCAGCUUCAAACGAUAGCGACAGUGACAGUGACAGCGAUUCCGUGAACACAGAUGGCACGAUUUAUACGACUUCUAAUUCGUUCAGCGACGAAAGCUUGUUCGAUUAUGAGAUGGCAGUCAUGUCGCAGAGCGUACGGCCAAGUUACAGCUUUAAGUGCCAGCGAUUGAUCGAUUGCCGGUUCACAUCGCAACCGAGAGCCAAUCGCAAUUUUGCCAUAAUGCAAGGUGGUCUCCAUCUGGUGGCACGUAACUUCAAUUUGCUUGCGGUUGUCAGCAAUCCUGAUUACGAUGAUGUUUUGGGAUCGCACCAGGAUCAUCAGGUUUGGUGCUACACUCCAGCAACAAAUCGCUGGAAACUGCAUGAGUGCUUAAAGUACUGUAAGCUCGUGCUCCGUCACCUGAGCGCGAAAGCAUUUCUGAACACCGGCGGAAAUGAGCUAUUGAUCUACUUUGCCGACGGUGUAUAUCCACCGAUCGCCUUUGUGGAGCGCUCUAUCGACGGCACAAAUGCGAUAUUCCGGGCGGUCAAAGGCGUUAUGCCGAGGGCAGAUUAUGGUGCAGCAUAUGUGUCGCAUCAGCAUUUUAUGUACGUGAUUGGUGGCAAAUUGAACUUAAUCCCCGUAUGCGAUGUGCAUCGCUAUGAUUUCCACAAGAGGCUGUGGCAGGUGCUUUACCAAAGUGAGCGGAACAAUCCCUUCGACUAUGCCAAGGGACGCUUUGGCCACCAAGUGAUCACCGAUGGCAAGUUCAUCUAUUGUCUAGGCGGCGGCCACAUUAAUAUGCAAUUGCACGACUUCAAGCACAUUCUCACCUUCAAUCUGACCACUCACACUUGGCUCGAGCGUCACACCCAUCCCGAUGACCGCAUGCUAGCGGAGAACGAAGGCUAUCCGAGGGCACGUCAGGCGUUUGCAUGUGUGCAGCGACAUUGCUCCAACGGCGACAUUGAAGCCAUCAUCUGUGGCGGCCAGGAGGCGGGAUUCUUUAGCUACCUGCCCGACAUAUGGAAGCUCAAUGUGUGCACCAUGAAGUGGACGCAUCUUUUCACCGCCUGUACGCCGUUACUCACAUACAUCUCAUCGGCCGCCCUGAUGAGGAACGAUUGCUUGUUCGUCUUCGGUGGGGUUGAGCAUAAGCGUUGGUCUCCGCUUCCCAGAGUGACGGGACUCUACAAGAUGUGGCUGACGGUGCCGAAGCUAAGUGAAUUGGCCUGGGAGGCAUACAGCUACUAUAACGAUCUCGAGGGUCGCGAUCGCCAAGAGUUAAUCACUUUGGGCAUUCCAUCGAGAUUUGUUGAACGUCUGCCUCCUGUCGAGCCGAGUCCCGAGGAUGAUUCUGAUUUUGAAUUCUAA